AUGCCUCCAGAAAUGGCAGUGUCGAUGCGCCGGACGAAGAUGAAGGCGGAGGAGGUGGCGCUCAUCGCCGGCGAGAUCACUAAGCCCUCGUGGGAGUCGAGGAACGAGGGCAUCCACGAGAGAGUCAGCUUCGAGGACACCAUCUGGGGCUUCGACCUCGCCGGCGGCUCAUAUUACAAAACUCCGUUAAGAGUUACAUUUGUGAAGCCCGGCAGCAGGGCGGAGAGGGCUGGCAUAAGGCCUGGGGACAGACUGCUGCGCAUCAACGGCGUAGACACCUCCACCCUCACCAUCCAGGAGGCGCACGAUAUCAUCGUCAAGGCCGGCCUGUAUCUCCAUCUUAACGUUACUUCACCUGACGACAGAAGUGAUGCCUACUACUGCUACGAAGAUCCUAUU